AGGCUCACCUGGGCACCAUGGAGACCCAGAGGGCCAGCCUGUGCCUGGGGCGCUGGUCACUGUGGCUUCUGCUGCUGGCACUCGUGGUGCCCUCGGCCAGCGCCCAGGCCCUCAGCUACAGGGAGGCCGUGCUUCGUGCUGUGGAUCGCCUCAACGAGCAGUCCUCGGAAGCUAAUCUCUACCGCCUCCUGGAGCUGGACCAGCCGCCCAAGGCCGACGAGGACCCGGGCACCCCGAAACCUGUGAGCUUCACGGUGAAGGAGACUGUGUGUCCCAGGCCGACCCGGCAGCCCCCGGAGCUGUGUGACUUCAAGGAGAACGGGCGAGUGAAGCAGUGUGUGGGGACAGUCACCUUGAACCCAUCCAAUGACCCACUGGACAUCUCCUGUAAUGAGAUUCAGAGUGUCAGGAGACGUCCCCGACCCCCAUAUUUGCCAAGGCCAAGGCCACCUCCGUUUUUCCCACCAAGGCUCCCACCAAGGAUCCCACCAGGGUUCCCACCACGGUUCCCCAGAAAACGGUGAUGGAGUGGCUGAUAACAUACCCAUUAAAAGCUUUUGGUGAAUCCUGAGCCCAGGGAAAGUCCUAGGAUCUUAUUUGUUGUGGCUCAGACUUCUGAACCGUGAAAAAUAAAUUCUUGUGAAAGC